AUGACAAGCUCUUUCCACGCAGGAGAAUAUGAGGAAGAGGAUGUCCCCAAUUACAGAGCAGAAAGGUUUUAUCCAGUGCGACUAGGCGAGGUAUUAAAGUCUCGAUACCAGGUCGUCGCUAAGCUCGGGUUCGGCACGGCCUCCACCAUUUGGCUUUGUCGUGAUCUUGAAGCAAACCUUCUUCUAACCCUUAAGGUCUGCAUCACGCAGAAAAGUGCCAACAAGGUGGACAAUGAAGUGGCCAUCUCCCCGUAUCUCAAAUCCAUCGAUGCUGAACACCCUGGCAAGGAUCUGCUGCGUCUGGUGCUGGAUGAUUUCCAGAUAACCGGCCCUUACGGGAUGCAUCAAUGCUUGCUCUUCGCCCUACUAGGCCUAAGCUACACAACUUCCGAAAUUUUUCUUCUUGGCCUCGACUUUCUGCACCAGGCGGACGUGGUGCAUACAGCUAAGCACAACUUAGACAUAUCCCCUAAUAACAUCCUCCUGGGGGCCCCAGACUCGUCGGUGUUUUCAAUAAUUGAGCAAGCCGAGCUUGAGCAUCCGUCUCCCCGCAAAAUACUUUCAGAUCAUACCAUUUACUGUUCCCGCGCCAUACCUAUCACCAAUGGACUACCGGUGAUCUGCGACUUUGGUGCUGCUAGGGUCGGAGAGAAGCAUGCUGGAGAUGUCAUGCCUGGCGUUUAUCGAGCGUCUGAAAUCAUCAUGGGCAUGGGGUGGACCUCCAAGAUUGAUAUAUGGUCUGUCGGAGUCAUGGACCAUAACUUAGACGGUCAUCUCAAGGAUGAGCAGCAUCUUGCCGAGAUGGUUUCCCUUAUGGGACUUCCGCCCAGAAGCUUGUUAGAACGGAGCGAGACAUCCGUCAGUACUGGGAUGCAGAAGGUAAAGUUAUGCCACAACCCGCUAAGUGCGACAUUUCGUCGACGGGAAACAAAGGGAAUUGGAUCGCCCCAACGCCAAUUCCUUAGCAGACACUCGAAAUGCGCGAGAAACGGCUAA